GUUCAUUUGUAUCAGUUUAGAAAGUGAGAAAAGUGUGUGAAGAGUGAAAAUACACUUAGAGUAGAAGUGUAUUGGUGAGGAUUGGUUUUUUGUAAUAGUUGAGUGUGAGAGUUUGCUCCUCCUAUUGUAAUUCUGUUCUUGAUAUUGAAUAGAAGAAUUUUCCAAUCCCAACAAGUGGUAUCAGAGCGAGGUUGAGUUUCCAUACACUGUUUUCUCAUUUUCAGAUAAAUUUCUACGGGUUAUAAAAUCGUGAUUUUUCAAGUUGCUCGCAAUCACGAUCUGAUCAUACCGUUAGAUUCGUCUCGUCGAGACGAGAAAUCUGGUAUUUUUGGGGAAUUCUUUGGCCGCCAGAAGAGGCCGUACGCGCCGCCCAAACGCGCCGGAAAACUGCCUGCGUCAUCAUUGCGUCAGCACGCAGUCCAGAGGAAGAAGACGAGCCACGUCAGCCGCCACAUCAGCCGCCACGUCAGUGCCACGUCAGCGCUACGUCAGUCCACGCAAGCGCCACGUCAGCCGCCACGUCAUCCGUGCAAGCCAUCCUCUAGGGUGCCACGUCAUCGCCACGUGGCGCCACGUCAGCGCCAGCGCAGUCCAGCUAUUGCCACGUCAUCCGCCUGCUGGUCUGCCCACUGGUUUGCUGCUUGAACCGGACCGAACCGGUUCGAAGUUGUGGAGGCCGGUUCACCCAUUUCCAGACCGGUUUUGGACGAGGUCAGACCGGUUCCUACCAUUUUCGGCCAUUCCGGAUCCAACGGUGAGCUCCGUUUGUCCAAAUUCGGCUCCGAAAAUAAGGUACGAGAUAUUUUGAGCGUUUUAUUAUGGAUAAAUCAUCAUCAGACACCAUGAUUGCGCUCACUUCCACAAAUUACAAUAUGUGGAAGCCUCGGAUGGAGGAUUUGCUAAAUUUGAGGGAUUUAGCCGAUCCUCUUGAUAAUAAUGGCGUGAAACCGGAUAAAAAGACGGAUGAAGAAUGGACAAAAAUGAAUAGAAAAACUGUCGCACAAAUUCGACAGUGGAUAGAUCAUAGUGUGUUCCACCAUGUUGCGCAAGAACAAAGUGCUUACACACUAUGGGAGAAGCUUGGUAGCAUGUAUCAAGCAAAACCGCCUGAAAUAAGACGUUACUAAUGAGGAGAUUAGUAAACCACAAGUUACGAGGAGGUAUUUCGGUGUCAGAACACACCAGUCAAUUCCAGGAUCUUGUGAAUCAGUUGAGCACCACAGGAUGGGUUCUCAAAGAUGAAGAGCAGGCGAUACUACUCUUGAGCUCUCUACCUGACAGCUGGGAGACUCUUGUUGUCACUCUCAGCAAUUCUGCUCCCAAUGGCAAAGUGACUAUGCAGAUGGUCACAGAUGCCCUUAUGAACGAAGAAGCCCGAAGAAAAGAAGCCGGGACUGAACAAUCAUAUGCCUUCGUGUCAGAAACCAGCAGACGAGGGGGAGGCAGAAAUGGAGGAAGAAGUAGAGGUCGAGGCAGAGGCCAAGGUCAAAACAGAGGAAAUUCUCAAGUUCGCGGCCGAUCACAAGAACGAGGUAUGUCCUGUGAAAACAAUACUUGGUUUGAAGGAUAUUGCAACUAUUGUGGUAACUAUGGGCAUAGAAAAAGAGAUUGUAGAAAGUUUCUACGAGAGCAGCCACAGACGAGUCAAAAUACUAGCCAAGAAGACGGUGAGACCAUGGUUAGUUUGUCAUCAGACGUGUGUCUUGUUACACAUGGUGAACAAGAAUGUUUACACGUAGGUACUCAUGAUGUUGAGUGGGUGAUUGAUACAGCCGCAUCAUUUCACGCCACUCCACACCAGAAUUUAUUCACAUCUUAUAAGUCCGGGGACUUUGGAGCUGUGAAGAUGGGAAACACCAGUUUCUCGAAGAUUGUUGGCAUUGGUGAUGUGCACAUAACAACCAAUGUCGGAUGUGCACUUGUUUUAAAAGAUGUUCGACACGUUCCGGAUCUUAGAUUGAAUCUUAUCUCCGGUACAGCUCUGGAUCAACAAGGAUAUCUUAACAGAUUCAAAGAAGGUACGUGGAAGUUAUCUAAAGGUUCCUUGGUUGUUGCAAGAGGCCAUAUUUGUGGUACUCUGUAUAAAACUCAUGCAAAGUUGUGUCAUCCGAGUCUCAAUGCUGUUGAAGAAGAGAUAUCACCAAACUUGUGGCACCGGAGGUUAGGCCACUUAAGCGUGAAGGGAUUGACAACUCUUGCUAGGAAGGAAAGGAUUUCCAUGGGCAAAGGUGUUGCCUUAGAUCCAUGCGAGCACUGUCUAUUCGGGAAACAACACAGGGUUUCCUUCAGUUCUACCAGGAAGAACCAUUCAGAGUUACUCAGUCUUGUACACUCUGAUGUAUGCGGACCCAUUGAAGAGGAGUCACUUGGAGGAAGCAGAUAUUUCGUGACAUCCAUUGAUGAUGCAUCACGAAAGGUAUGGGCUUAUUGUUUGAAGAGUAAGGAUCAAGUGUUUGAUCGCUUCAGAUUAUUUCAUGCCAUGGUAGAAACAGAAACAGGGAAGAAGCUGAAGUGUCUACGUUCAGACAAUGGAGGAGAGUACACUUCCCGAGAGUUCUCAGCAUAUUGCGCUGCAUACGGAAUCAGACAUGAGAAGACGUGUUGAUAUUAAUUAGUUUUGUUGAUGACUAACCUAUUUGUGAUUUAUAUCUAUGUGCAUGCGUGACACUAUUGGCUUGCAUAAAUUGACAAAGAAAAAGUACUCCACCUUUAAGGUAAGAAAUUAUCUUUAACCAAAUAAUAAACGUGGCAUAAUUUGAGGAAAGUAUUAUCAAAGGAAAGUCACUUUUGA